AUGUCGCGAUCCCUGCCGAAGAGGAGUAACCCACUGAUCCUCGCCGACGCGGCUCCCGCCUAUGAGGAUCUCGUUGAGCAACGCCGCCUUGGCAGGACUAAUCUUUCCAUCAAGCCGGAAGUAGUCGGCACCUGUAGUGCAACUAAGCCCGAGAAUCUAGGCGUGUUCGAGUAUGCCUUCCUCCGGGCUCCGCUCCCUGAAGACCUGAAAGGAUCUGGGAUCUUCUCUCCAAAUACCUUUGGUCAGUACCCAGGCACUUACUUUUUGAUGAGGAGAAGUAAGGAUGGCUUUAUAAGCGCAACGGGCAUGUUUAAGACCGCAUUUCCCUGGGCCAAGGCCGAGGAGGAGAAGAAUGAGCGGGAGUAUCUGAAAUCUCGGGAAUAUGUAAGUCAGGAGGAAAACGCUGGCAAUAUAUGGAUCUCUCCCGUGAUUGCGUUGGAGCUCGCGAAUGAAUAUAAGAUAUACGACUGGGUCCGUGCCUUACUAGAUCCUGUCGAAAUCAUGCCUCUAUUAAGUACUUGGAAUCGAAAUAUUCUUAUUACUCCGCCACCAAAAUUUGAGCUGCCGAUGGAUGAACCUAAGAGCCUUCAAAAGACUCUCGAAAUCACCGCUUUAAUGAAGGCAACAAAAAUUACCCCUCUUCCCGCGAAGACUGAUGAGAUCGGAGUGAAGGCCAACCAGGAGGAAGAUACGUUAUAA